AGCUUAUUUCUUUACAUUGUGUCAGCACAGAUAGGCCAUGAAAUGCUUAGUGGUAUUUCCAGACUGAGAGCGACUAGACAAAUUCAACACCAUCUAUCUGUGACUUUCAAAUCGUAUCUACAUAAUCGUAUUCCAAACGUCUGAUUUUUUAAAGGUUUCAAUUUUUAGAAGGGUCAUUGUGGUUGCUUGAAUGAUGGCAAACUUCGACAGUAUCCUGCAUAUAACAGAAUGUUCAAUUCAUAUGGGACAGCUUGAGAGGCCCAAACUACUUCUUUGUCAACAUACAUUUUGCGAAGAUUGCUUAAAAACGUGGUGUGAUAAUUCUAAUGGCAAACUUGUAUGCCCUGUUUGCAAACGCGAUUAUGGUCGAGUGGAUGUAAGCCAGCUUCCGAAUGACCGUACAAGAGUGUCCUUACUAGAAGCCAUUUCGGAUCCUAAUAAUGCAGUUGCAGGAAACUCAACAAUUGAAAACGUACGCCAGAAUCCGAAUGACCGUACAAGAGCGUCCUCAGAAACUGUUUCGGAUCCUAAUCCGCCUAAACAUCAACCUGGUUUCAAAUUUGGGCAAGUAAAGUAUUACGGCGCACAUGACGCUGCGGUACAUGACGAUGAAAUUUUCAUUACAGAUAAAUGUAACCAUCGCGUUGUGGUUAUCAACAAGGGAGGCCAGGAACUUCGGUCGUUUACCAUUGAGGAAGACAAUAUGUUGGCGUUUGAUCCGUUUGGGAUCACCAUAUCAACAACGGGGAAAUUAUAUGUAACAGAUAUGAAAAACCACGAAGUAUUCGUUUGUGAUCUAUACGGCAAUGUACGCCAACGUAUUGGUAAACACGUACUCAAGAAACCGAAUGGCAUUGCGCUUACUACUAAUAACGAAAUAUUAGUCGUAGAUUAUGAAGAUUGCUGUGUGCAUAGGUUUGGAAUGAAUGGUGUUGUCAAAAGUACAGUAGGGGGCCCUGGCACUGGACGGUUUUCACACCCAUGGUUUAUAGCUAUCAACAGUAAGGGAGAAUGGAUUGUUUCUGAUUGUGACAAUAAAUGUUUUCAUAUAAUACACGAUGGCAGGUCUAGAAAAGUUGAUGUCGGCUGUAAUGUAAGAGGAGUAACUGUUGAUUCUCGUGAUAAUAUAUUUAUCACUAUUGCUGAGAGUGGAUGGAAAAAGAAAUUCGCAGUGCUAAUGUACCGCCCAAAUGGAGAGUUAUAUGGCUAUAUAUCUCGCAAAGAUACGCUUUUAAGACCACGCGGUAUGUGUACAACGAAAGACACCUACGGCAAAGAAAUCCUUAUAGUUACAGAUGACAGCAAAGAAUUACAUAUAUAUGAUAUAGUAUAGACAGAGAGUUAAAAUACAGGAAAUAUAACGAUACACUAGUAUAGUACAGAUGAUAGCAGUGCAUUACAUAAUUAAAUGAUAUAGCCAAAAGAUAUUAAAGAAAAUCAGUAAAGUUUAGACUGAAGUAUUGUAGACGUUAAAGAGCUACCAUCGAAGUACAGAAACCUGAACCAGUCUUUUCAUUUUUUCCAUACGAUAUUGGGAAGGUUCACAUCCCCAACCAGAAUUAGUUGAUGACGAGAUAUUGCAUCGUCAACGGAUUGAACUAUUUUAGUAUGCUCUCUCGUCCACCAUUCUGUGCUCUGUAGACAACUCCUAUAAGGACCGCCUUACUUUUAGUUGGCUUCACUUCAACCCAUAAAAGUUCAACGUGAUCCACUCUUCUUGAUUUAAAUUUAUUGGAUGCCAGCAACAUAACACCGCCACCCCUUCUUCCAUCAUUUCUAUCCAUCCAAUUAAUAUUAAUAGUAAACCCAGGACAGGACAGUACAGUUCUGCAUCAGACACAUUAAAGCAUUUAGCCAUGUUUCCGAGAAACAAAAUUAAAAGAUGACCUUGUAUAAAUUUGGAGUUAUAUACGUCCAUUUGGUUGUUUACGCUUCUGAUAUUCUGAUAGUAAAGCUGGGUGUGUUAUUUUGUUUACCUUGGGUGGAUGAUCAUGUAUAAUUAGAAUCGUGACUGUUUGAGUUGGCCAUUCAUGGUCUAGGGUUGACUUCGAUGUCUCCGCAUUUAGCAAGUGUUGGCUGAAAUGUUGUGACACACGAUCUAGCUGUACUUGAUUAACCAAUUAUGUUAUUUCAUUGGCUGAAUAAAGAAUGAAUGAAUAUCCCUCCGCACGUGCUUGUAUUGUCCACACGGCUGGCCAUCGUUGGUAGGUGUGUUAGACUGGGUUCCAGUCCCUAAUCUUUGUCUUAAUCAGUUGAAAUGCUUAAGAAUAAAUCGAUUUUGGCACAAA